AACUAUAAUAAACCACACAUACCCGACUCCCUGUUCACGGCCCUCACCUUUAUACCCACCCCCCAACCUUUUUUAUUCCUUUUUCUUCCUUUCUUUCUCUCUCUUUUCUUUGCUAAUCUCAAAGUGACAGAAUAUGCAAAAGCGAUCGUCGCUCCAACCUCGACCCACCAAAGCUUCUAUGCUAAGACAACAAGGAGGAGGAACAGGUCAACAACAACAACAACAACAACCAAAGUCUCGACCUGUCAAUGUAGCUGGCACUUCUCCUGUACCACAACAACAGCAACAACCUACUGUCAACAAGAGAAACAGCAAAGCUCAAGCGUCUGAAGGAAUCCGGGCAUUCAUGGCAGCUCAUCGAGCCGUGGCUGCCCAACGAAAAAAGACAAGUGAUUCCUCUUCCUCCAUGGACAAACACCAGGAACGACCCAAGAUCCGAGUCAUGACAGGUGCAGAACGGUAUUCUUAUGACGACAGCGAUCCGUUUGGUAUGCAAAACGACAAAGCUAGUUUGAAAUUGCAAACGGUGAUCCAUCAAGCGAAAUCCUCGGGCAAGUUGAAUCUUUCUAAUCGUAAUCUCGAUCGCGUACCUGAUGAGGUUUGGUCAAUGUAUCAUGUGGAUCCAAACAAGAUCGUGGUGGAUUUUAGUUCCACAGAUGAUGCAUGGUAUGACUCGACCGAAUUAAACAAGUUGAUCGCUGCAGAUAAUGCUAUCACCGAAAUCGACGAACGGAUCGGACAAGAGUUUGGUGCUUUGACUUUGGUAGAUUUUCGGAACAACAAAUUGGAAAAGCUACCAGAAUCGUUACGUCAACUGCACCAAUUGACAGUGCUACACUUGUCACAUAACCAAAUCGAGAUAUUCCCAGAACAGAUUUAUGAUCUGGGCGCACGGUUACGCGAUUUGGAUCUAUCCCACAAUUUACUCACUGCUGUGCCGCAAUCCAUUGAGCGAUUGUCACAGUUGGAGAUCUUGCAUCUGAACGACAACAAGAUCGAAAACGUCGCCGACGGUAUUGGACAGCUGGUCAAGUUACGCAAGCUGUAUUUGAACGAAAAUCAACUAGUUGAAUUGCCAGCGCUACAUCAUUUGCAAAAGUGGACCAAGUUGGAGGAAAUGCACUUGUUCAAAAACCAAUUGCGUGUGCUUUUCCGAGGUGAUAGUGCUAGAUCAUCCAUCGUAGUGGCAUUACCUUUAUUGUCGCGUCUGGAUGUACGACAAAACAGCCUGACGCAGAUCGUUGAAGGAGAAAAAGUAGAGAUCUCGCUCCCUAAACUCAAAGAGCUCUUGCUGGCAUAUAACCAGCUGUCGCAGGACGCUAAUGGACUAGAGCAAGUAAUGGCAAAAGCGCCUAGCGUACAAACACUGGACCUGUCAUCCAACCUGUUUUCCGAAAUACCGGAUGUUGUGUUAACGCUCCAGGGCCUGCGACGUCUUGACGUCAGUGCCAACCAUUUGCGUAUGCUGCGGCCCGAUUUGGGAAAAUUGGAACACUUGGCUGUGCUCAGCUGGGAAGGCAACCCGCUCCGCUCAGCACCGAGAAAUGUAAGCAUGGCGGAACUAAUCGAAUCGCUUCGAUCGAAACUGGUGCUUGCCGAGGACCAGGAAAAAGAAGGAGUACCUGCAGCAAAUCCUGGUGAUAAUAGCGACAAGGAGAUCUUGUCAACAGGAGUCUCCUCUUCCCCCGCGUCGCCAUCGGCAGCAGCAGCAGCAGCAUCCUCUACGCCACAAUCACCACGCCCAAGUGGCACAUUGGAUUUGUCUCGAAAACAGCUUUCUGACUUGGAGCCAUCCAUGCUAUCGGGUCAUAACCCAGCAACACUGCAACUACAGCACAACAUGCUCGAGACCAUACCGAUACAGCCACUCUCCAGUUGUCAACUAACAACGACCCUCGUCACGCUCAAGCUAGACCACAACCGUCUGAAGGAAUUAACGCUGACCACCACCACCGACAACAACGUGUUCCAUUCAUUAAAAACGCUAUCCAUCACAAACAGUCGAAUUUCCCAGCUUUCUGUUGCUAAUACCACGGAGCAGCAACAGAUGGUGUUUCCGCAAUUGGUAGAACUCGACAUCAGUAUCAAUGCACUGACAAGCCUACCCGAAAAUCUGCGCGAUUAUCUUCCCUCCUUACGCACAUUGAAGGCCAACACCAACAGGAUCGACAAGAUCAUGCCCCAAACGUUGGACGGGCUGGAAAUCAUUGAUUUGGGUAAUAAUGAUAUUGCGUAUUUGCCACCGGAAAUCGGACGGAUCGGAACUAUCCGAGAACUCAUGUUGUAUGGCAACAGGUUCCGUAUUCCACGGCCAGCAGUGCUUGAUCAAGGGACAGGCGCAGUGUUGGAAUUUUUGAAAAGACGUCUUGGAAGUUAAAAUAAAAAGAGAGAGAAAAGAGCUAGCAACAAAAAAAAAAGCA